AUGCGACCAGAGGCAGCCAACUUGCAUGCGAUGCUCUCAGAGGAGGAUUGUCUGUUGUUACCCAUCCCGGCCAGCCAGGUCCGAGGCGGCCCCAACCGACCCAUCGCCCAUUUCCUUGUUCCGUCAUGUCAUGCCGAACCCGUCAACCAUCCAUGGAGCAGCCGGAAGUCGCCAAGUCUACACGACCCAGAACUGCCUUGGACCCCAGGCUUUGAUCGGUCUACCGAAGUUGCCGACGCCACAAGCAUAGGACUGGCUGUAGAUGAGCGCGAUAUCCUUGGAGAUGGAAAUUUGGACACAGAGGGUCUCUUUGGCUUCACAGAUAGCGCGCUGAAGGGCAAGGACAUCGCAGCGAGGCCGCCAAUGGGGGUCCCUGCUGCCCCGAGACGGCUCGACCUGGCAGAUCUUCACGCCGCUCUGGAAUCCAACUUUUCGUACGCUAUGGACAGGAUAAGAGCAGCGCCUUCGAAUAUGCUGCUGGAGAAUCAAACUCCAUGGUGUCACCCGCUGUUGUUUAGGGAAACUAUGCCUCGGGUGAUGCAGGAAGCCGUCUCCGCGUGCGCACUGCACGCAUCCAUGAACGCAGUCAACUCACGCGUUAUCAUCCGCUGCAUAGAAACCAAGGUGGACGACCUAAUAGGCUCCGCGCCACAACCAGAGGCCCUAGAUGCCCUGGCACGCACCCAAGCCCUGCUGCUCUACCAGACCAUCCGCUUCUUCGACGGCGACGUGCUGGCCCGGUCAUCAGCCGACGCUACCUUCUGCGAGCUGGAGUCCUCGAUUCACGCCCUCCACGAGCACGUAUCAUGGGAUAUCGCCAGCUCACCGGACAUGUGGCUUACAACCUCCUCGUGUCAUGUAAAUAAUCCUAGCCUGUCCCUGCCACAGCCCUCGCGGGAGUUCUGGAAGGCGUGGGUAUAUCAGGAGUCCGCGCGGCGGACGUUCCUCGUAGCCUCGUUCUUUGUGUACAUCUGGAAGAUGCUCACGGGCCAGCCGCUAGUCCAGCGCUGGGACGACGAAGAGCUCAGGCGCCAGUGCUGGACGUUGUCGGCGCACCUCUGGGGGGCAGGGAAUUCGUUCGACUUCGCGGCUGCAUGGCGUGAUAGGAAGCACCUUGUCGUGCGCAGGGGUGCGAUCCGGAGCACGAUGAUGAACGUUGAGGCGGGGGACGUGGAGGCAUUUGGGAAGAUGUUGAUGACUGCUGCCUUGGGUGUUGAUGAGACGGAGGAUUGGUUGGCUUCGAUGGGUGCAAAGCUGUGA